GCUGAUACCCUCCGGAAUCCUCGUCGGUGAUUCAUGGAAUGGGAUGGAGAGGCUGAGGUUCCCCCCGGGCUGGCUGGCGCAGGGAUUAUUUGCGAGGGAAAAGUCCGCCGCUGCAGCCUAGGGGGCACUUCAGAGCAGGCGGCGGAGCCGGCAGAAAUUGCACAAGGGCUGGCAGGCGGCAAGGCGAAGACAAAGAGCACGCGGAGGGGGCGGCGUGGGGGGGGGGCGGCGCAGUCGGUGAGUUAAACCGGAGCGGAGAGGCGGGGAGCCUUUCGCUUCGCAGGAUCGCCAGCAAGCGCGAAGCCGAGCCGUCGAAGCAGCGCGCCGAAGCCGGUCAUGGGGAAAGGCGAGGAGCAGGGCGGGAUGUGCGCCGAGCGGGAGGCGCCGAGCCCCUCGUACACCUGGGAGGAGAUCCAGAAGCACAACGUGCACACGGACAAGUGGCUGGUGAUCGAGCGGAAAGUGUACAACAUCACCCAAUGGGCCAAGCGACACCCGGGGGGGCUGCGCGUGAUCAGCCACUACGCCGGCGAAGAUGCCACGGAUGCAUUUAAGGCCUUUCACCCUGAUCCUGUGUUUGUAAGAAAGUUUCUUAAGCCAUUAUUGAUUGGAGAACUUGCCCCAGGAGAACCCAGCCAAGACAGAGGCCAGAACUCUCAAUUGGUGGAAGAUUUCCGUGCCCUGAGGAAGACAGCAGAAGACAUGAACUUAUUCCAAGCGGAUCCUGUGUUUUUUUCUCUUUACUUGGGUCAUAUCCUUGUGAUGGAGGCUCUGGCUUGGCUUAUGGUUUCAUACUGUGGUACUAACUGGAUUACAACCUUCCUCCUUGCCAUCAUCCUUGCAGUUUCCCAGGCCCAGGCUGGAUGGCUACAGCAUGACUUUGGACACCUCUCUGUGUUUAAGAAGUCUACAUGGAACCACGUAGUUCAUAAGUUUGUGAUUGGUCACUUGAAGGGCGCCUCAGCAAACUGGUGGAAUCACCGUCACUUCCAGCACCAUGCGAAACCAAACAUCUUCAAGAAGGAUCCGGACGUGAACAUGGUGCACCUCUUUGUCCUGGGAGACACGCAGCCCGUCGAGUAUGGAAAGAAGAAGCUGAAAUACUUCCCAUAUAACCAUCAGCACGAAUACUUCUUUUUUGUUUUUCCACCUCUCCUCAUUCCAGUUUACUUCCAAAUGCAAAUCUUCAUGACCAUGUUCAGACACAAAUUCUGGGCGGACCUGGCCUGGGCCUUCAGUUACUACCUACGCUAUUUCACCUUAUAUAUCCCCUUCUAUGGAGUUCUGGGAUCCUUGUGUCUCCUCACCUUUGUCAGGUUCAUGGAAAGUCACUGGUUUGUAUGGGUCACACAGAUGAAUCACAUCCCAAUGGAAAUCGACAAUGACAAGCACAGAGAUUGGCUCAGUGCUCAGUUGGCAGCUACCUGCAACAUUGAACAAUCCUUUUUCAACGACUGGUUCAGUGGACACCUGAACUUUCAAAUAGAGCACCACCUGUUUCCCACGAUGCCGCGCCACAACUACCACAAGAUAGCACCGUUGGUGAGGUCCCUCUGUGCCAAGUACAAUGUCCCUUAUGAAGAAAAACCUAUCAUGAAAGCAUUCUCAGACAUUGUUGGGUCCCUAAAGAAAUCUGGAGCACUCUGGUUGGAUGCCUACCUCCAUAAAUGAAGCUGGGUUUCAACAAAGGGGAAGGUGUUAGGCAAAGGGGGGGGGGACUGGGAGCUGGGGGUGUUCACAUAUGUAUUCUUAUCGUCCAAUUUCAGUGUGUAUCUGUGUGUACACAGCCUGAAGGGAAUUUCCUGUAUUUUAAAAUUGAUGCUGGGGUGGGUUCAGGGGACCUAUUUAAAAUCAUAGAGGGUUUCAGACAGGUCAGUUAAUGUCCAUAGAAUCUGAAUGGAAAAUGCUGAUCUGAACACGUGAUGGCUGAGAAUUGGCCCAGUUGGUGGGGGGGGGGGGUAUUUUGAGAAGGGAGGGUGAGUGAAGAAGCAAGUAGGCAGAGAUACUCUCCUGUUCCUCUUCCUGAGACUUACUACUUACUAUUAUUACUGUCCCAGACUCUCAGGUACUUGAUUCAUCUACACAGAUUUUAUUUUUCAAAGCAGUCAAGCUUCUGCAGAUGUUUGAAUUGCAAAACAAUCAUGGCUGGCUCUUUUUUAAUAAACUUGGGUCCCAUUUCCCCUUAAUGAUGCUGAAACAAGAGGAGGGAAGGCAAGAUAAGUUAAUCAUCGUGAUAAUAUUCAUUAUUUGUGAAGUGCCUCUGAAUGCAAAACUCAGAUAAAAUACAGGCCCUGCAUCAUAGGCUUACAUAGACAUAGAAGGGACAUUUGAGAUCUUCUCAUCUGACUCUUGUUAGCCUCCAGCUGAGACAAUAAAUGGCAGAAGCAUGUUUUUGAAAAACAACAACCACCACCCAGUAACAAAAUAUUGUCACCAAUCUAAUGGAGAAUUACAUUGGGGGAUUCUCCGCUCUCGGCUUUUUCAAAAGGAGAACUGAAAGGCCCGGGUCCAAGCAGCUAGGCCAGGUUUGUUUCCUUUGCUCAGAGCUGGUCCUUUCCAUGUAUGCAUGUACAUGUAUGCAGACCUCUCUCCCUCUCCAGUUGCCACAUUGUUUGAACAAAAUUCCAUAUAACGUACUUGUUUUGCCUUGACCUUUCUGCAGGCCGCUUCCCAUUCUCUGCAAUGGGGCUGCAUAUAAACUGGUGUAGUUUCCAUUCGCCCUGGGUCAGCUAGCCUGAUCCAACUAGGGACCACGUGUGCAGGGAAGCAGGCUUUCCAAUGUGUGCUCCUCACCAGAUAGGGGAUGGUGCACUUAAAUGGCUGCUGCAUGCAUGAUUCACCAGUCAGGUCUGCGCAUAUGCAGUUCCAGGGCAAAUGCAGACCGGGCUUCGGGAUGAGAAGCAGGCGCCAUGUGUUUAGUCUUCCCCCACUUUUUCCAGCCUGGGCAGCUGAGUAGCUUUAUUCAGAGCUGUGCGUGUGUGGGCUUUAAUUGGGCCACUGCGUUCUGGGCCCACAGGAGCAUUCUGCCUCUAGUCUCAGAUUUUACAACGGGUCUGUCAUGAAACAAGGUAUUCUCUACAGCAGGUAGCGACUUGGUUUAAAGAUCUUUAAAGAGCUCCUUGGAGGAAUGGCAGGAUAGAAAUCAAAUAAAUACACCCAUGAGAACAUGCUUCCAGGGGUUUCUGGGACUGCUCUCAUGGGCAACCAGUUUAUUCUGUGAGCCAGCUCAACGGGCUAAAAGUUAAUGAGAUUGCAAUUAUUUCUGCUUCUAAUGCCUAUUCAGUGCCUCUUGACUAUUUGGCAGGUAAUAUAAAUCUUACUUGCCGCCAAGUAUGUGUAGCUACCAUACUUUAUUCAAUAGCAUUUCUACUGAGGGUCUGGAAACCCCUGGUUCCAGAACUAAAAGGAACAUUCCAUAUUUUAUAACCUUGAUACAUAAUAUAGGAAGUAAACACCAGAGUGUUAAUAGCACAACUACAUAUUGCCUUAAUCUACCUGGACAUAAUCAAGCCAAACUUGAGUGUUAAACAAAAAACACAACUGAGCAGUUUAAGCAUGUAAUUAAGUAUUGAAUCAUUACAUAAGUGCUUAGGUUUGGCUGAUUCAUGCCCUCUGCCUCUUUCUGGUUCCAUGAAUGCAGUGCUUUUUUUUUUUAAUUAAAAAAACGAUGUGCCAGUAUUCAUAUAUUGAUAAAAGUGCCGUGGGUGCCAGCACAAAAUGGCUGCCAUGGGCAGCAAAAAGAGAGAGAGGUGCUGGUGCUCCAAACCAGUAAGUACUGUCACAAAAAAAGCCCUGCAUGAAUGUAUUUCAAUUUCUCUGCUCCAGCAGGAAUAACCACCCAAAAAUGUACUGUAGCAUCUCCUAUGCAGUCUUCCAAGAGGACAGCUCAUUUGGUCUGAAGUCUUCUGAUUUCCUUGUGGUUCUGUUUGCCCAACCCUUUGGUUCCAGAACAAAUUCUAUCAUACUUGUAGCAGCUUUCUACCUUGUUUCGCUCCACCCCGGCACCUUCUAAUCUUGUAUUCCAUCCUGCUCAGAUGAUUUCUCUUUGCUUAGCCACAGAAAUCUGGGGAUUCAGCCUUUUCAACUCAAUAGCCACCUUCUCUUCAGCUGAGGACAAGUGUGAGGAAUGUUUUGCCCUCCAGAUGUUAUUCAGCUACAAGGCCCAUCAGCCUCAGCAAGCACAGCCAACAGGGAUGAUGGGACAACAUCUGGAGGGCAAAACGUCCCCCACACCUGGCUUAGGGGGAACUGCAGGCUGCAAUCCUAUACACACACUUACCUGGGACAAAACCUGAAUUAAUUCAGUGGGACUUCUGAGUAGACAUGUAUAGGAUUGUGCGGUUAGUGGAUUAUUAAACAUUUAAGCAGGAGAACCAGUACUGCCAAUGACUGUGGGAAAUGGCAGUUGCAUCCUCUGAUAGUGAUACGUAGGUGUUAUUUAGAAUAAAGAACCAUGUUGCUGGGACAGUCCACACAAGUAGGGGUCAGUAUGCAACUUAUAGAGAGCAAUUCCUUUAGUGAAAAUGUAGCAAGUGCUAAGGAAUAUAGGUAACAGGAAGGAGCCUAAAACAGACAUUUUCUCUCUCUUGACUAAAAGAAGCCCCAAUGGCUGUCUUUAUCCAGACCUUAGAAUCACAGAGUUCUAGUCCAGCCCCCUGCAAUGCAGGAAUCUUUCACCCAAGUUUCAUGCUCUAUUGACUGAGCUUGUUCAUGAAAAAAGCACAGAACUGAGUGAUUGAAAUAAACAUUAGCAUUUGGGAGAUACUUUGUGUAUUGUGUUUCAUUGCUUUUGCUGAAAGACAAUGUCCCACUGCUCCCCAGACAUUAAAGCACUGAUGCUUAACUAAUGUGCAUGCGUGUUAAUAGGGAAGUUGUGACAAUUGUAAAUACUAGCAGUCCUAUGUUCACAUUUUUUGUCAGGUUCUCUUAUCAAACUAGACCUGAGUCAAUUAUUUUCUGACGCUGUGUUCCUUCUUGUCUUAGAGGGGUCCUACAAAACAUUAGCACAAAGUAUAUUUGUCCAUACUUGCAAAACAUACGUAAAAACUAUGUUUACUUGGGACAAGUGCUUAAAUGCUCUUUUUUUCCAAUGACAUAUCAGUCCCUGCCUAAUCUAACAUCAAAAUCCCCCACUCAAGGAAAGUUGUUUGUAAGAAAAAAUAAAAUUGGGACAAUAUUUAUUUAUUCUGAUCACAGGCCAAGAUGGUGCUAUGCAGUUCCCAGGCAGUCACCCACCCAGGCGCUGACCAGACUCAGAGCUGCUUAGCCGUCUGUAUAAUGCAUGAUGUUAGCAUGGACUAAAAUCCAUUCCUGGGUGAUAUCUGAGCUAGACAAAAGCAUAUACAAUUUCCACAUUGAGAUUGUAUUUCUAACCCAGGAUAUUCACUGAGAUUCACCAAUGCUAUUGGACAAAUAUAGCCCUCGGCUUGUUUUAAGCAAUGUAGAAAAUCAAAGCUUUCACAUGGUUUGGCCAUUAGCAAGAUAAAUUAAGUGUGCUUUCAUGGAAACAGAACACAUGCUAGGGAAAAAAAUCCAUCUUUUCUCUUUCUCCUUCUCCAGUCAAGUAAUACUGUAAUGGUAUAUUGAAUAUUUUGAUGGUUUUUGUUCAUGAGAAAUAAUGAUUAAAUGAGUGAAGAAUGGGAUAUGUUCUUGCUGCAUUUCAGUCAUUUUGUUAGGCUAUGGCAUGUCUCGAGUGAUGUCUACUUAGCGGAAAGCAGUGCAUGUUCUGGGAAUUGUUGCUUCUGUAGCAGUUGGAGGGUUCAAAGGUGAAAUGGAAGCAAGCAUUCCAUUCUAGAACCCUUGGGAAAGGGGAUGAAAGAAGGAGGGGAAGAAAGUUGGGCUAAGUAGGAAAAGUAAAGGCAUGUGAGAGCAGGGAAGUACUAGAUGUAAUGUGUGAGAGGGGUAGAUAGUAAAAUUAAAUAAGACAAGCCAGUCUUCUUCACUCUUUAGGGUGUAAACAGUGGUGGAAGGAUGCACCAGGGGCAGAGAGCAAAUACAUUCUCAAAAAAAGAAAGUCAGUUGCAGCCUCUCUGGUCUAGAUUUGGAGAUCAUCUUAUGGGCUGCCGAUUCACUCCCCUACUUCACAAAUUGGUGAUAAGCAGAGUCAGCUGUACAGCACUAUACGUAAUGAAUUGUGAUGGGUAGGGACCCAAGACCCUCCUGAUAUUGCUGGAAUACAGUCACCAUCCACACUAACCCAUAAGCCCAUGUGUCUGAAAGCCAGCUCUAAAGAUCAUGUAAUGUAUGUGGUACAGUCCUCCUAGGACUUACCCACCUCAAAUGAAACUGUACUAUUCCAUGUUUUCAUGCUCACCCAUGUCAAACACAUUAAUGCACAUGGAAAGCUAAGCACGCCGAGGAUAAACUUUGUUCCAUGCAGUGAGGUGAUUAUUUCUCCCUUUCACUCAUAACAUCUGAGCAUAUAAUAAAAUGCAAAAUCUAGAUUCAGCAAGUGAGUCCUGUCAAUGGAAGCCCUAAGGGCUUCCACAAUGGGGCUUGCUUCCCAGGGCACACUGCGAAAUUUGCUCUAGGGAGGUUGGAAGAACCCUCAGAACAGUGCAGCAGGGGAGGAGAAGCUGCACUGUGCCAUCUGGAAAGGCAAAAGGCUUGAUGAAACAAUCGCCUUAGCAUUUACAUUGAUUGUGUGGCUCCUUGGAUCUCCCUCAUGCGGCUAUCAGUGAUACAAAAGCAGUUGAAAACAGCUAGGCUGCAAACAUAUCACAUUAAAGAUUGGAUUAAUAGAGCAGAAUUUGGGCACUAGAUAUUAGUAAUGAAAUAUCCACACAAUCAUGGGUUUUAAUGGUUAAGUCGCCAAAUGUUUAACCUCAAAAGCAAAAGCUCCAUUUUCAGCAGCUUUCCCCCCACCCCAUUCAAUCUUGUACUUUGCAGGCUUUUAAAAAAAUAAUAAUGAGUUAUUCUAACAAAACCCGUAAACCUACAGUGUGGGCUAGUGGUAGUCAAAGAAGGCUUUCUUUACAUACAAAAGCUCCAAUGUGUAUCAGUCCCUAAUUCAAAUGUUGUUGUUAGGAAAUCAAUUUACCUAUUUUUUAAAUGUCUGCUGUUAAGCUCAAUAAAAUCAUAGCUGUUGAAUACAUAAA